AUGGCUGUGUCGCUCGGGAAACGCCUGCUUCGCGGCAAUAGAAAAUGGCCGGGCCGCGUGUACCCAGUCGACAAAGGGAGAAGUAUUUCCGGUGGCAUCCUUGGCGAAGUGGGAGAUGUGCAGAACCUGAUAGACCCUCCUUUACGAGAGGAUGAGGAUUACCCAUCAUAUGUGCAACCGAACGAGAAGAGCAGCAGUGCAAGGUGGGCCGAAAGUUGGCAAAAAACAAAUGUAAGGGGCAAUGAGGAAAAGGAAAAAAGAGGCUACUAUGGUACUCACCCAGUUAGUGAUAACCCCGCGUACACAGUUCCGUACAGAUACAAAGUAGUGAUUCCGACGCGCCGAAAAAAGGUGAAAGGAAUUUCGGAUGUAAAUGAGCAGAAGAAGGGAAAAACAAACCUCGGAGGAACAUCCCUGAAUGAACCCAACGACCCUGCGGAAAACAUAAAAGAGGAGUACAGUCGAGAUGUCAGCGACCAGCUCAGUUACAGCGAUUUCGUAGGGUUCAGGAACCCAACCCUAGAGACAUUGGACAACUAUAGAUAUUGGCAAGAUAGUGGGUUCAAAAAAUUUUUGCAUCGAACCUUCCCAAUAAAAUUACCCGAACAUAAAAAAUUGAACCCAUUAUUUAGAGAAUACAUUUACUUUCUUCAUUCCAUGGAUCCAUUUCGAUUUUCUGUGAAGAAGCUGAGUGAGAGAUACUUCCUCUCCCAAAAGUGCAUCGAAUCCAUUUACAAGGAGGAAAGUGUGAAGCGAUUCCUUCGGGAAAAUCAGCUAUGCGAUGAAGACACAAAACGAAUUAGCAAAAAAGAAGCUGUCUUAAAAAUUAAGGAAUUAAUAUAUGCAAAGAAAUUAGGUUACAAAGACAUUGGUGAUUUUGAGAAUGUACAAAACGAAGACGACCAAUUUCAGGGACACAAAAACACUUUCGAUGUUAUCAACAGGCAGGUUAUUCAGGUAGAGUCCAUUUCUGCCUUCCCAUUGCCAGACCGCCGAGACCCCGUGCCCAAGCGUGUGGACGUGGACAUACCCGUGGGGAACUCUGCCAACGUGAAGAUUAUGAACUGGGUUAACCCUAACGAUAAGGUAGUUUUUUGA